AUGGCACUCUCCCAGCCUGACAUCGCGGUCUCCCAGCCCGACAUGGUGAUCUCUCAGUCAGGCAUGGCACUCUCCCAGCCCCAACAUGGCACUUUUCCAACCCUGAUGUGGCAGUCUUCCAACCCAAACGUGGCACUGUCCCAGCCCAACAUGGCAGUCUCAUGGCUCAGCGUGGCAGUCUCCCAGCCUUACAUUGGCAGUCUCCCAUUCUGCCGUGAUAGUCUUUUGGCGACCUGUGGCAGUCUUUUGGCCCAGCAUGGCCUCAGCAUAGGCUUCCAAGGUGAUUCCAGAGCGGUCUCCCAGCCUCAAAAGCCUGGAGGUGAAGUCCGUUUAGCUCCUAGUCCUCCAGUCCGUAUUCAUAUUGACAACACUGAUGUUUGGGAGAACAGAAUCAUUGUGCACUGGGAGCCACCGUUAGAAGGAAGUGAUGAAUACUAUCUACAAAUAAAACUGAGCAAUGGCAACAAUGAAGUAAAACAAUAUUCAGUGACAAAUACAAUGGUAUUUCAAUUUGAUUUUCUAAUCCCGGGUGUCACAUAUGACAUUGAGGUGAUGGCAAUAAAGAGUGGGAAGAGAAGCGAACCAAAAUUUAUUACACAAACUACAAAGCCUAACCCAAUUGAAAUUGUUGCUCCCAUUGAUAUUCAGACUCACUCAGCUGUGCUCUAUAUUGGAAUGCCAAAAGUUGGCUUAUUUGAUGGAAUUAAUAUUAUGUAUGAAAAUGGAAAUAAAAGGAUGCCUAUAAAGAGCAUUGAUGUUAAUAUAACCCUAGAAAACCUGACACCAGGCAAAGAAUAUAACAUUGCUGUUUAUGCAACUAGUGGCAACAUGAGGAGCAAAGCCUACAGAGUUCCUGUUGUGAAAACAUGCUUGGCAUCACCCACUAAUUUACGUGAAGGAAUAGUCACAGAAACAUCACUGGAAUUACUGUGGGAUAAAGCAGAAGGCCAUUUCUACCAAUAUGAAGUGCAAUGUCUAAACUGUGAUACACAGCUUGUGGUUCAAAAAGUUGACCAGGAGUGUGCAGUAUUCAUACACCUGAUCCCAGGAAAGCUGCAUGAUAUUUCACUUCGGACAGAAAAGGAAGGCUUUCGAGAUAGCAAACCAGUGAAAAAGUUAAUACGUACAAUGCCGAGUCCAGUGGAGUAUUUGAAUUAUAACAAGACUUCUCAAUCAGUAACUGUCAGCUGGCUUCAAGCUGCUCAUGUAUUUGAUGGAUAUAAUCUUACAUUAUCCAGCAAAACAAUCCACCAGGUUGUCAACAUUCCUUUCACUCACUCACGAACAUAUAGUUAUGUCAAGCUGUUACCAGGUACCAUCUAUUUUGUAAGUAUUGAGACCACAAGUUCAACAAAGAAGAGCCAUCCCACUACAAUCAAUGUUACAACAAAACCUGAAAGGCCUCAACUGCUGGAAGUUUCAAAUAUUUUACCAACAGCAUUUACUUUAUACUGGAGAGCACCUAUUGGACAUGUUGAUUAUUAUAAAGUUGUUCUCAUUCCUGAUCAAGGCUUCGUUAAUGUCACAGACCUGGGGGAUGGCAAUUUCAAGGCUGAUGUUUCUGAUGCUACCCCAGGUAUGCAAUACACCGUCACAGUUUCCUCAAUUUCUUCAUCUCUUAGUAAAUCUGUCAGCAGAUCACUUAUAACACGUGAAACAAAUCCAGCUUCUCCAGAUGGUCUUACAGUAGGCCCCAUUGGCGCUACAGCUAUAAUGUUGGCAUGGAGCUUACCUUCUCGUCCAAAUGGAAGAAUUUUAUCCUAUAGAAUAGAGUACAAAGAGGUUUGUCCUGUACACCAAGCCAACUUUAUCCAAGUUUCAACAAAUGCAGAUACACCUGAAUUUCUUCUUAAUAACCUGAAACCAGGGACAGCUUAUAAGAUUCGGAUUGCAGCUGAAAACAGUGCUGGCAUUGGAGCUUUCAGUACUUUUCGGAAAGUUGUAACUGCAGAAAGUGCUCCAGGUCCAGUUUCAUCUCUUACUGCAACAGUAGUCAACCACACAACUGCUAAUGUGACAUGGUUUCUACCUAAACGACUAAAUGGGAAAAUUACAUAUUUCAGUAUAAUUAUAAAGUCUGUAAGAAGUGGACGUAUAUCAAAGAAUAUAUCAGUGAAUGCCGAUACCCUUUUCCCAAACACAUUACCACAAUGUGAGGAUGAUAGUUCAACAGGCACCACUCCUGCAACAUUGGUUUCGUCUUCUCCACCUACCAGUGAUGCAUUUUUAACAGCCACACCAGAAAGUCUAAUAGAAAACGACACAUCAGUUGAGUUUGCCAGCAUUAUGGUGGAUCAACUGAAACCGUACACCACCUAUCUGUGUGAAGUAUCUGCCUUUACAAAAGAGGGAGAAGGCCAGACAGCAAGCACUCUCUUUAGAACUCCAGAAUGGCUUCCAGAAGAUCCACCUCAAAACCUAAUUGUAAGUAAGGUUACAUCAAAAUCAUUCCUAAUUAAUUGGAAUCCACCAUCAGCAGUUACAGGAAGAUUCUCUUACAGAGUUGAGCUCAAUGGCCCAUUUGGGAAAAUAUCACAGAACAGCACCAAAAGGAUGAUGUUCCUUUUUAUGAACCUGCUGCCAUUUACAAGAUAUGAAGUGUUUGUAACUGCUGAGACAGUGGUUGGACUUGGACCAAAAGCCAGUGUUGAAAUCACUACGUCAUCAGAAGGCGAAGUAUUUGAUUUAAAAGCAACAAAAGUUGAAGCCAAAUCUGCAAAAUUGGAAUGGGGAAAGCCUCGCCAACCAAAUGGAAUUAUUAUCCAGUAUCAAAUCACUGUCUUUCUAAAGAAGUCUCAAAUAUCUGUACAAAAUAUAAUCUUGACAGAAAGCCAUCAGAAUAUGAAUAUGGAAAACUCUACUGAACCAAAACAUCCUGGUAUGUUGGUUACAGACUCCACUACAUUGACUUCAAAAACUGAUGCAAUGUUUACAGACUUGGAUGAAGGCUCUGCUGAGCUGAUUUCUGAUUCCUCAUCUUUAGAGCCUGCAGUGACUUCAUCAACCUUUUCACCAGCUGAGGCACUAAUCCCUGUUAGUUCAGAAUUGCCUGAGAUAGCUACUGUACAUGAAAAAAGCAUGACUGCACCUGUGCCUGAUCAACCAACAUCACUUGCAAUCAUUUAUUCUAAAACUUCACUGCCUAGUACUGUACACUCAAUAGCUGCUACUGGAUUCACUGAAUCAUUUACUAAACCAACAGCCUCUAGUUCCUUGGGGCCCUAUGAAUCUCAUCCUGCAAUCAACAUGACUCUCAAGCUGAGAUCAGUGUUGCACAAAAGAUCAGUUACUGCAGUUUUCAAGGCAGGUGAAAUUUCCCUGAGUUCAAGUGCUUCACCAUUUCCUCCUCAAUGGAGGCUUCUGGCUAAUGGCCUUCAAAAUACCACUGAUGAGCGUGAAAGCAGUCUCCAGGUCAUUGACCAUACAUCUGAGCAGCUGUCAUAUGUUGUAAAAGAACUUGUACCUUAUACUGAGUACAUUAUCAGAGUAUCAGCAUUCACUAUUGUUGGAGAAGGACCACCAACCAACAUUUCCUUAAAGACACAAGAAUAUGUGCCAAGUUCAGUGCAGAAUGUAACAUAUCAAAAUAUCACUUCUACAUCUAUUCUGAUAUUAUGGGACCCACCUGCUAUUCCGAAUGGCAUUAUAACUCAUUACACUAUCUAUGCUGUGGAGGAAGGCACAAAUGAAGCAUUUCAAGAGGUUGUGAUGAGUAACAACAUUACUCUACCAGGUUUAAAAAAAUUUACGGACUACAAGAUGAGGGUAACAGCAUCAACCUCAGUAGGUGAAAGCUCAGUCUCUGAUAAAGAUGAUAUUUUUGUGCGAACUCUUGAAGAUGAACCAGAAACACCACCUGAAAACUUAACCUUCAAAAAUGUAACUGAAACAUCUGCAUACUUGGGCUGGUCACCUCCAGAGAAGCCCAAUGGAAUUAUUAUAUACUAUGAAGUUACAUACACCAAUUAUACAGACUCUGUUACAAUGAACAGUUCAGAAACAAGCAUUUACCUAGAAAACUUAAAGAAAUUUUCUCCCUAUAACAUCUCUGUUAAAGCAUAUACCAAGUAUGGCCAUGGGAAUCAAACCUCUCCAAUUGUGCUUUUGGUGACAAAACACGAUGUUCCAGAUAGCGCACCUCAAAAUAUCACGUACAUUUUUCACUCUCCUUCUGAUGUUGAAAUAUCCUUUCUACCACCACCAACUCCUAAUGGAAUUAUUCAGUUCUAUACACUGUACCUUGGAGCUCAAAAUAGUAGUGAUAUGCUGAUUACAAACAGUACAAAUUUAACCAUCACUAUAACAGGUUUAAAAGCUAAUGAAAAGUAUUCCUUAAAAAUUUCUGCAAGUACAAGCAAAGGUGAAGGAAUUCAAAGUCAACCAGUGUACAUUUUAAUUGGACAAGGUGUGCCUGGCUCUCCUCCGCAAUCAGUUAAAACAAAAGAGUUAUCCUCUACCACUGUACUUCUGUCAUGGAAACCUCCCAUGGAACCAAAUGGAGUGAUUCUGUAUUACACAGUCUAUGUUUGGAGCACAACAACACAACUCGUUUUAAACAAAACUGAAACAUCUGUACUGCUGAAAAACCUGGACAAUAAUACUGAAUACUAUGCUUUUGUAACAGCAAGUACAAGGCUAGGUGAUGGAGGAAUGAAAAGUAAUAAUGUCACAUUUCGAACAUCUGAGAAUUCAAGGAUCCCUGAAGGCAUUAUCUCCUAUGUCAACAAAAGUUCCACUUCUGUUCAAGUAUUUUGGAACCUUUCGUCCAAACCAACUGGAUAUGUUCAAUAUUACACAAUUCACUACAGGAAUACGUCUGCUGUUUUUACUCAGAAUAUAACAGAUAUUGAUCAAACAAGUGUUGGUGAAAAUGCAAAUGUGACAAUACUUUUGAUUAAUUUGGCAAAAUUCAGCCAUUAUGAAAUAUGGAUGACUGCCUCCAAUAUGCUGGCAGAUGAAAUUCAGACAAGUGAAUUGAUCCAUGUGUACACUGAUGAAGAUGUACCGUCAACUCCUCCACAAGAUUUGGUGAUAGUAAACUAUACCGCAGAUUCUGUCUUGGUUAGCUGGAAACCUAGUCCUAUGCCAAAUGGUAUUGUGCAGUUCUACAGUUUUAAAAUAAUUGACAACACAAAAGAAAGCACAUAUAUUAUGAAUACAACAGCAUCAUAUCAUGAAGCAUCUCUCACUGGCUUUGAACCAUUGCACGAAUAUCACAUCAGUGUGUCAGCUUUUACAAAAGUGGGAAAUGGAGAUCAAUUUAGUAACAUAGUCAUUUUCAAAAUAAAUGAAUCAGUUCCAGAUACUAUUCAAAAUCUUCAGUGCAAUGCAUCAAGUUGGCAGUCAGUCAUUGUUGAGUGGGAUCCUCCAUUAAAAUCAGAUGGAAUGAUCACCAAUUAUGUACUUGUGUUUGAAAAUUAUGUUCAAACUGUUGCUGACAAUGAUCGUGUACAUACCUUUAGUGAGCUGUUAUCAAAUACAUCCUAUCAGUUCAGUGUAAUGGCUGUUAACUCUGUGGGCCGAGGAGAAAGCAAAAACUGUACUGUGACUACAUUAUUGGAAUCAGUUCCAAGUGCUCCUAAGAAUCUAGAGAUAAUUGGCGUUCGAUCAACCUAUGUCAUUUUGAAGUGGACACACCCUGAUAUUAUCCCUGGGUAUUUAAGGCUUUUCAGGAUUAUUAUACAACGACGCUCUGCAUUGUGCAUGAACUGGGAUACUCAAGGAUGCCUUGAAGCUGAGCAAGCUCAAGAUCAUAACAUUGAUAAUGAUAAUUACACCAUGGAGGCAAUUGUACACGGAUUAAAGAAAUUCCGAUGGUACAGAUUUAGGGUUGCUGCUAGUACUAAUGCUGGAUUUGGCAACUAUUCAACUUGGAUGGCUACAAAAACAGCUGUUGGCUAUCCAGACAGACCUCCUGAAAAUGUUGCUGUUACAGUAAAAUCCUCUGACACCAUUGAGAUUAGCUGGGAAGAGCCUGUGAUUUUCACAGGUCCAACGUCUUAUCUAAUAGAUAUAACAAUGGUAGACAGUGAGGACUUCAACAUGACCAUUCUUAGAUCAGAGAAACAGAACAAAAUGUAUGAGGUAUCUGGAUUGAAGCCAUUCACAAGAUACUCUGUCAUCAUUGUAGCAUUUACAGGCAGAGAGGAAGAUGCCCGAAUACAUGGCAAAGCCAGUGAGCCAAUCAUUGUUCGGACGCUUGAAGCUUUGCCUCAAGACGCACCACAGAAUUUUAACCUUCAAAAGAUACCUGAUGAAGUGACAAUGGUUUACGUAUCUUUUUUGCCACCAUCUCUGCCAAAUGGUAUUGUUCAGGGAUACCAAGCAAUUAUUGAUAAAGAAGGAGAAACAUUUGAACGCCAUGUAAGCAAUCUGAAAAUUGUUAAAAACAACCAAUCACUGACUGCUGUCAUAGAAGGGUUAAAAGGUGGAAAUACGUACAUCAUACGGGUCCGUGCUGUAAAUGGAGCUGGUGCUGGCCCACAAACAUUAGAACAGAAAGUAACUAUGGAUGUGAAAGCUCCACCAAAACCUACUUUUAAACCAGCUGUUGCUUUAGACAAAAAUGGAGCAUUACAGGUCACUUCUACAACUAUGACUAUCAGAAUGCCUGUAUGUUAUUUCACAGAUGAGCAUGGUUCCAUCAAAAAAAUACAAGUAAUAGUGACUGAAAAAAGAGCUAUGAAUGAUGGAAAUAUUUCUACAUGGUAUGAUGCUUAUGUAAGAAAGCCAAAACCAUAUUUCGCAAAUGAAGGCUUUCAAAAUCCACACUGCAGUGAAACAAACACAUACCGACAGAAUGCUAUUGAAGAAACAUACACCAUUGGAAGUGAAAAAUCAUGCCAACAAAAUGUAGAUAAAAUUUGCAAUGGACCAUUAAAACAUGAUAAACAGUACUUAUUCAAGUUCAGAGCAACAAACUUUCAAAGACAAUUUACUGAUUCAGAUUACUCUGAUCCAGUCAAGACCCUCGCUGAAGGUCUAUCAGGAAGAACAAUUGAAAUAAUACUUGCAGUGACUUUGUGUGUGCUUUCUGUCGUUCUCCUUGUGAUAGCUGCCUAUGUAAUUGCGAGAAUAAGACAGAAACAGAAGGAAGGAGGCACAUACUCUCCGAGGGAUGCAGAAAUUGUUGACACUAAAUUCAAGCUGGACCAGAUGAUUGCGGUGACUGACCUGGAACUAAAGGAGGAGAAGCUGACACGAUUACUCAGUUAUAGGAAAUCUCUCAAGCCCAUUAGCAAGAAGUCAUUCUUGCAGCAUGUGGAAGAUCUGUGUAUUAACAACAACCUGAAGUUUCAAGAAGAAUUUUCGGAGCUCCCCAAACUGGAUCAGGAACUUACAUCAUCUGAUGCUGACUUGCCCUGGAAUCGAACCAAGAAUCGCUUUGCAAAUAUAAAGCCAUAUAAUAAUAAUCGGGUGAAACUCAUGCUUGAGGCUGGUGUCCCAGGGUCUGAUUUCAUCAAUGCUAGCUAUGUUGCAGGUUACUUAUGUCCAAAUGAGUUUAUCGCUACUCAAGGUCCAUUACCAGGAACAGUGGCAGAUUUUUGGAGGAUGAUUUGGGAAACGAGAACUCAAUCCAUAGUCAUGUUGACACAUUGUUUUGAAAAGGGCAGAAUUAGAUGUCACCAGUAUUGGCCUGAGGACAACAAGCCAGUAACUGUGUUUGGGGAUAUUGUAAUUACUAAACUAGCAGAAGAUAUUCAGGCAGAUUGGACUAUCCGAGAACUGAAAAUUGAAAAGUAUGGUGAUUAUAUGAUGGUGACUCAUUUCAACUUUACUUCAUGGCCUGAACAUGGUGUUCCUGAGACCUGUAUACCUCUGAUUCAUUUUGUGAAGCUAGUUCGAGCAAACAGAGCCAAUGAUAAUACACCUAUUGUUGUACAUUGCAGUGCUGGAGUAGGAAGGACAGGUGUCUUCAUUGCACUUGAUCACCUUAUACAGCAUGUGAACCACCAUGAUUUUGUGGACAUCUUUGGAUUUGUGGCAGAGUUAAGAAGUGAACGAAUGUGCAUGGUUCAGAACUUGGCUCAGUACAUGUUCUUACAUCAAUGUGCUUUGGAGCUAUUGAAUAACAAAGGAACCAAUCGAGCACUGUGGUUUGUAAAUUAUGCUGCUUUGCAAAAAAUGGACUCACUAGAUACAAUGGAAGGUGAUGUGGAAUUGGAGUGGGAGGAAACAACCAUGUAA